CUUCUGGAGCCGCUGGUUCUUCUCUCGGUUAAUUGUGAGUCUCCGGUUGAAGAGAGGACCUCCGUUUGUCACUCAGACCGGGAAAGGUAAUCGACGCCGCACACGCUCCUCCGCGGGCAGCCAGACGGUUUCAGCCGCGGAACCAAAGAGGAAGCCCGGCCGAGGGCGGUGUGGCCCGGGCCCGUGGUAGGAACUGACGGUCCCAACCUUCGUUUCCCAGGCCCAAAGCGUUGACCCAGUUAGUCUGAGCUGGUUUUGAGUCCUGGCUCGGGACUUGGCCUUGCUGCAUUCUGGCCCUUCCCGCCUCCCUCACCACGGACCCAGCAGCACCUGUCACCGGCCCCUGCGGCUCGCACGCAAGUGUCGGGAGCUCAGCCAUCCCGUGUCCGCCGCGCCCCAGCCGCGCGAAGAGAAACUCCGGGUGUGACGUUCUUUCCACUGGAGGUUUGGGGGCAUUUCCAUCUAAAACCAGGGACUGUGGAUGUGUGAGAAAACUACCUGAUGUACCAUGCUUUCUUGUGAUAUUUGUGGUGAAACAGUAACUUCAGAACCAGACAUGAAGGCUCAUCUCCUAAUUGUUCACAUGGAAAAUGAAGUUAUAUGUCCAUUUUGCAAAUUGUCAGGUGUGAAUUAUGAUGAAAUGUGCUUUCAUAUUGAAACUGCUCAUUUUGAGCAGAAUGAACUAGGAAGAAACUUUGAGAGGAUCAAUAAAAUACAGUAUGGAACUUCAGAUAACAGGAAGGACAACACACAACAGUGUAGAAUGGAAGUUAAUUCAAGUAUUCAUUCAGCUUGUGCUUCGAAUCCAAAAGUUUCAGCUCAAAGCCUGCUUAAGGAUGGUACUUUAAAACAUAAAGCCUUUUAUUCAGAGAAUUUGACUGAAUCUAGAAAAUUCCUGAAAAGUAAGGAAAAACAGUGUGACCUAUCCAAAAUAAAAGGAUCAGUUUAUGAUACAAUGUAUAGUCCUCCUGAAUGUCCAUUCUGUGGAAAAAUAGAAGAUUGUAUUCAAGAUAUGGAAACUCAUGUGAAAAUAAAGCAUGCCAAUCUUUUAGACACUCCAGUAAAAGACUGUGAUCAACCACUGUAUGACUGCCCUAUGUGUGGGCUCAUCUUUACAAAUUACCGUAUUCUCCAGGAACAUGUUGAGUUGCAUUUGGAAGAAAGCAGCUUUAGACAAGGCAUGGAUAGAGUCCAGUGUUCGAGAGACCUAGAAUUGGCUCACCACCUUCAACAAGAAGAAGACAGAAAGAGGAGAUCUGAAGAAUCAAGACAAGAAAGGGAAGAAUUUCAGAAGUUGCAGCGACAGUAUGGAUUAGAUCAUUCUGGAGGGUACAAACAACAGCUACUACGGAGUAUGGAGAGAGAAGUAAAUAGUGGAAGAAUGCAUCCAUCUGAAUUUCACAGAAGAAAAGCUGAUAUGAUGGAAUCACUAGCUAUUGGUAUUGAUGAUGGAAAAACAAAAACUUCUGGAAUUAUUGAAGCACUUUAUAGGUAUUAUCAGAACGCUGCCACAGAUGUGAGGCGUGUGUGGCUUUCUACAGCAGUGGAUCACUUUCAUUCAUCUUUUGGUGAUAAAGGUUGGGGUUGUGGUUACAGAAAUUUCCAAAUGCUACUGUCAUCAUUAUUACAAAAUGAUGCUUAUGAUGAUUGCCUGAAAGGUAUGUCGGUUCCUUGUAUUCCAAAAAUUCAGUCUAUGAUUGAAGAUGCAUGGAGGGAAGGUUUUGAUCCGCAGGGUGCCUCUCAACUUAACAACAGGUUACAGGGAACAAAGGCCUGGAUCGGAGCAUGUGAAAUAUAUACACUUCUGACCUCCCUAAGGGUAAAGUGCCACAUUGUGGAUUUUCACAAGUCGACUGGUCCUUUGGGUACGCACCCUCGCCUGUUUGAAUGGAUGCUGAACUAUUACUCUUCAGAAAGGGAAGGGGGUCCAAAAGUAGUGUGUACAUCUAAACCUCCUGUCUACCUGCAGCAUCAAGGUCAUAGUCGCACAGUUGUUGGUAUUGAAGAGAGAAAAAAUCGAACAUUAUGUUUACUAAUAUUUGAUCCUGGAUAUCCUUCUCGAGAAAUGCAGAAACUAUUAAAGCAAGACAUGGAGGCUAGCAAUCUGAAGCAACUUCGGAAAUUUGUGGGAAAUUUAAAGCAUAAACAAUACCAGAUAGUGGCAGUAGAGGGUGUUCUUACUGCAGAGGAGAAAAUUGCCAGGAGACAGGCAUCUCAAGUCUUUACAGCCGAGAAGAUUCCUUGAAGAAUUAAGUAUUUCAGUGGAAUUUUAUUUUCCAAAUUCAGAUAUUAAAUUCCUUAAUG